AUGCUUGUUUUGCUUGCUAUGUGCUAUGCACGUAACCAAGUCAUGAUAUCCAUGGACCUGACAGAUCAGGAACUGGAGAAACUCAGCGCGAAUGACAAGGAAUCGAAGAUGUACACAGCGAAAAGCGAUCCUAGGAAUCCAGAUUUCAAUCAUCUGCUCGGCCUGCCAUCACGUGAACCAGAAAGGUUCACUCCCAGAUGUGCAUCGAAUGAGGAAGUAGCGCAGAUGCAUAACGACCUGGACAGCAUGGAUGAGUACAUCAACGAUCAGCUUGGACUGCCCAAGGGCUCCGUUCCUACCAUAAACAACAAGAAGGCGUUCAAACGGUUACACGACUGGAUCAUGCUGCACUUUGAUGAUUUGGCUCUCAACGGUCGACUUGCUAUCAGCCUAGAAAUACGAUACUUCAUGUGCACAUACAUCGUAGCGUUCAUACCUGCGCAGUUUGCCUUCUUCUUUCCACGUGCACUCGUAUCGGUCAUUCCAGCCACAGAUAAACCUAUCAUUAAUGAUUUUGUCAAGGCGUUGAAAACGUUCCUUGACUUUGUUAAGGCCAAUGAAUCGGGUGAGCUGUUCAUCACCUUUAGUAUAGGACGGACCUUCAACCUAAAGAACGAUUUCGACUUUAUACUGUCUAUUCCCAAGAAAAUUCUUUCAGAUCCGCUCUACCUGUUGAAACAAGCACUUAUGUUUGAUUUGAAGGCAGCCGGUCUAGAGGAGUAUAGAGCUAAAGUCAGCAAAAAUGUGCUGAGAAAGAAGUGA